AUGUCGAUUGUGCGAAUGGGCGCCCGCUCCAAGUCGGAGGUGCUCCAAACUCGAUCGUUGAAUCUGUUGGAGCAAGCCAACCUCUCGUCCCAGCAAGAAAACUUUCGCUAUGUCCAGCUACAUCGGCAAUGCCGCGAUAUCGAGACCUCGUUUUUAGACCAGCUCGGGACGACGUCUGGUGAACCGACUGUGCCAUUGAUGCAGUGGGUGCAAACGCAUGUCCCUGACGAGUUUGCUUCGAUCGUCGGGUCGGUCGACGACGACGGAUUCGCCGCACAGGGCCAAUGCAACAAGGACUACAAGGCGCGAUGGUAA